CCAAUUGCAUCCGCCAUGCAGAGACGGACAUGCAAUGAAAUCUCUCCGCCGUUGUGCCUCCCAAUCCUCCAUUCCGAACCCCCACUCUCAGCUCCUAUCUUCCCUUUUCAUUACAAAAAACUCACCAAAUCCUCACCUUGGUUUCAGGAGAAACCUUGUUCUCAUCCCUCCUGCUUAUCCCACCAAUGGCCAUCACCAAAGACAGACUAAAUCACUAUCAGGAACCAAAACUACCAAUUCCCACAUCACAAAACCACUGCUCUUCCAUUCAGACACCUCUGCUGCCAACCUCCUUGCUGACGCCCGCGGCAAGUCUGGUUCCGUGUUCGAUGCGCUUCAAGUGCUCGGCGAAAUCCCGAACCCAAAUGUCAUCUCAUGGAAUCUUAUGAUACAGAGCUACAAUCAGAUUUCUCGGUUUGAAGAAUCUCUUAGAACUUUCGGGGACAUGCGCUCGUUAGGUUUCAAGCCGAAUCAGUUCACUUAUGGUAACGUGCUCUCCGCUUGCGCUGCAUCCCAAAACCUUGAAUAUGGUGAGCAGAUGCACUCACUUGUCUUGAAGAAUGGGUUCUUCUCUAAUGGCUAUGUUUGUACCGGGCUGAUAGAUUUGUUUUCCAAAAGUAAUAGUUUUGAUGCUGCUUUAAGAGUGUUCGCCGAGAAUACCAGCUCGAAUGUGGUUUGUUGGAAUGCUAUCAUUGCUGGCGCAGUUCGAAAUGAGGAUAGUUUGAUUGCCCUGGACCUUUUCGGUCAGAUGGUGGAUGGGUUUUGUAUGCCAAAUUGUUUUACUUUCUCAAGUAUUUUAUCUGCUUGUGCUGCGGCUGCAGAACUAGAGGUGGGUAGAGGGAUACAUGCAUGGGUCAUUAAAUGUGAUUCUGGAGAUGACGUCUUUGUUGGAACUGCUAUUGUUGAUCUAUAUGCGAAGUGCAGUGAUAUGGAUGCUGCAGUGAAGGAAUUCUCACGCAUGCCAGUUCGCAAUGUGGUUUCUUGGACUGCCGUUAUUUCUGGUUUUGUUCAGAAGGAUGAGGCUAUUGACGGUUUGAUAUUUUUCAAGGAAAUGAUACAAGCUGGUGUGGCAAUAAACAAAUUUACUCUAACCAGUGUUCUCCUUGCCUGUGCUAAGUCUCUGAUGGCCAAAGAGACAAUCCAAAUCCAUUGCCUGACUAUAAAGAAUGGGUUGUAUAUGGAUUCCGUGGUCAAAGAUUCUUUGGUCAGCACCUAUGCGAAAAUUGGGUAUAUUGAAUUGUCUGAAAAAGUAUUUGAGGAGACAGGUAUACUGAAAAGUCCAGGUACUUGGUCAGCUAUGAUCUCUGGCCUUGCUCAGGACCAGGAUUUUAGUAGAUCAAUUGAACUCUUUCAGAGGAUGCUUUGUGAAGAUUUAAAACCUGAUAAGAAAUGCAGCUCUGCUGUUCUUAGCAUUGUUGACUGUAUAGAUUUUGGGAGACAAUUACAUUCUUAUGUCAUAAAAUCUGGGUUGGUGCUUGAUGUUCUUGUGGGUAGCGCACUCUUCACCAUGUACUCCAAAUGUGGUAGCAUCAAAGAUAGUUAUGAAUUCUUCAAACAAAUGCAGGAAAAGGAUAGAGUUUCAUGGUCAUCGAUGAUUUCUGGAUUUGCUGGGCAUGGUCAUACGGAUAAGGCUUUUCAGUUAUUCAGGGAUAUGUUACUUGAAGAUAUCAAACCUGAUGAAAUGACUUUAGCUUCUGUUCUUACAGCUUUCAAUGGUCACUGUGACUUGAUGAAAGGGAAGGAAAUUCAUGGGCAUGCUAUUCGUGUUGGACUUGGGGCUGGUACUCUUAUCAGUAAUGCUCUUGUGUCAAUGUAUUCCAAAUGCCAAACUCUAGUAGCUGCAAGAAGAGUCUUUGAUGGAUUUUCAAGGAAGGAUGAGGUCACAUGGUCAUCCUUGGUCUCAGGAUAUGCCGCAAAUGGUUAUCAUGAUGAGGCACUAUCACAGUUCCGGUAUAUGUUGCUUGCCGGUUUUGAAAUAGACCAUUUUAUAUGCUCAUCAGUUCUUGGGGUAUGUGCAAACAUAUCAGGGCUGGGUUUGGGCAGGCAAUUACAUGCCCACGCAAUCAAAUCAGGCAUAAUUUAUCAUCUUUCAGUAAGUAGUGCAUUAGUGACAAUGUACUCAAAAUGUGGCAACAUUUAUGAUUCUCGUACAGCAUUUGAUGACAUAGAAAACCCUGAUUUAGUCACAUGGACAGCUAUAAUUGAUGGAUAUGCUCUGCAUGGAAGUGGCUUAGAAUCUCUGAAAAUCUUUGAGCUGAUGAAGAAACAAGGAAUAAAACCUGAUGCUGUGACAUUAGUUAGUGUUUUAUCAGCCUGUAGCCAUAAUGGUUUACUGGAAGAAGGCUUUUGCUAUUUUAAUUCUAUGAGCACUGAUUACGGGAUUGAACCAGGAGUUCAUCACUAUGCCUGCAUGGUUGAUUUACUUGGUCGAGCUGGAAGACUUAAAGAGGCUGUAAAUUUCAUUCACAGGAUGCCAAUAGAACCAAAUUCUCUGGUGUGGAGCACACUGCUUGGUGCUUGCAGAGUUCAUGGUGAUGUCGAGCUGGGAAGGUUAGCAGCAGAGAAGGUUCUUGAGCUAGUGCCCCGUGACUCUGGGACUCAUAUCUCUCUGUCAAACAUCUCUGCAGAUAGGGGAGAGUGGGAAGAAGUUCUGAGGAUUAGAUGUUCAAUGAAAGGAGGAGGCAUAAAGAAGGAACCUGGAUGGAGUAUAAUAUGAAAGAUUAAGGAUUCCUUUUAGUCUCUGUGUCUGAAAAAUUAUACUCAUCUUCCAGUUGACUGCAGCGCUUAAAAUAGAUAUCUGUCUAUCCUAGCCACUCUUUGCCGAGUUGUAUAUGGAAAUAUUUAACUUUCUGUGGAAGAGGGCAGAGUAUGAAUGAGACUUGCGUGCUUAAAGUUACUGGGAGCAAUGGAGCAGAUAGAGCAAGGAAGCUGGCAUUUAUAUUAUGAUUAAAAUAUAACAGAGGGUUCUUUGCUGCUGAGCUAACAAUAUGUCAGGGAUUUUGCAAAUAAAGGUUUUCAUGAUUUACUUUCAAAGAAGAAGCGUAGAGCAAUUAUUUUAAAUUGUGAGGUGAGAUUGAAGCAACCGAAUCAUGCCAUGAUUUCAUCCAAAUGAAACGUCAUGUGGACUUGGCACUUUAGGCCAUCAUCUGGGCUCAGUCAUUUAAUUUAUGUGCUUGUUUGACAGCUCUCAAUCUUUGACCAUGUACCUCAAGUGGCACGGGCCUUGAACUCUAUUCUUGUAUUAAAGGUUGUAUGAAGCCAUUUAUUCUACA